ACAGUUUCGUAUAACCUGAACAAUGUCAUUUUUUGGAGUAAAUGUCAAUCCGUUUUCAACACCAGUAGGCCAGAAGAUAGGCAAGUUCUUUUAUUUACCUUUUUGAAAUACUUCGUAUCAGUUAUUUUAUUGUAAUAUCAAUAAUUGAUUAAUUUUUUUUUCUUUUUUUGUGGACAAACAUUUGUGCAUUAAUAUUAAUGAAUAAGUAGAUACUUGUAAAUUUCUUUCCAUGUAUAUAUAUGUCUUCAGCUUAAUAAGACACAUGAUUCAUAACUUAUCUAACACCUUUUAUUACAAUUAAUGUGUUACAUCUUUAUUUGUAUAUCUUUCAGAGCAAGCUACAGAUGGUAGUUUGCCAAGUGAAAAUUGGACACUUAACAUGGAAAUAUGUGAUAUUAUAAAUGAAACAGAGGAAGGGCCGAGAGAUGCAAUUAAAGCAAUUAAGCGUAGACUCAAUCAGGCUGCUGGAAAAAAUUACACUAUAGUCAUGUAUACCUUAACUGUAUUGGAAACAUGUGUAAAAAAUUGUGGAAAACGUUUUCAUGCUCUUGCUUGUUCGCGAGAAUUUGUACAAGAAUUGGUUAAAUUAAUCGGACCAAAAAAUGAACCUCCAACAGUAGUGCAAGAAAAAGUCUUAAGUUUAAUUCAAACAUGGGCAGAUACAUUCCGUCAUCAGCCACAUACUCAAGGGGUUGUUCAAGUAUAUCAAGAAUUAAAACUAAAAGGUAUACAAUUUCCAAUGACAGACUUAGAUGCUAUGGCACCCAUUAUUACACCAGAACGAAGUGUACCUGAGUCAGAACAAAAUGUUGUGAACGUACCUACAGCUGAACAGCAGUCAGCAACUCCUAUACCACCACAAGUCCAACAACCUCAAACUCAAUGUUCUGGACAAGUAACUUUAUUAAAUGAACAACAAAUGGCUAAACUACAAAGUGAACUUGAUGUUGUACAAGGAAAUAUGCGUGUCUUAUCGGAAAUGUUAGCAUAUUUUACAAGUUCAGAUCAGAGUAAUAGUCAACAACCUGAUCCUGCAGAUCUUGAACUUCUAAGUGAACUUCACUCUACAUGCAAAGCAAUGCAAGAGCGGGUUGUUGAUUUAAUUGGAAAACUGGCACAUGAUGAAAUGACAGCAGAACUGCUACGUAUUAAUGAUGAAUUGAAUAAUUUAUUUUUACGUUAUUCACGUUAUACAAAAAACAAAGCUGUUGCUGCAAGUACUAUUUUGGCACAAACAAUUGGUCAUCCUGCAAACAUAGAUUCUGCUUCGGUUAAUAAACAAGAAGCCGAUUCUCUUAUUGAUUUGUCUGAUGAAACUGAUAAUUUGGGGGAAAAAAUGACAGAAAUGGGUUGGUAUUAUAGUAUAACUGAUAAUAUUGACAAAAAUAGGAUAGAUCGAAAGGAGAAAAAGGAAGGUGAUAAUGAUGAAUUUGAUAUGUUUGCACAAUCACGAAAUACAUCUUAUGAAACUGCAAAAAACAGUGGUAGCAAGUAUGAGGAUAAUUUGGAGCAGGUGAGCGGAGGAAGUCUCAGUACAGCGAUUCUUAAUCGCAAUAAUCCUAAGCAUUCCCAGCAGACUGCUUCUGCAAUUGCUUCUACUACUGCUACUUCUCCAGGAGCACAUGGUGAUCAAGAAUCUUUAACAUCUUCAGAAUUCGAACGUUUCUUAGCAGAACGAGCAGCUGCUGCUGAAGCUUUACCAACUCUACCCACAACUACUGGGAAUACUAUUAGUACUGGAAGUACUACAAAUUCUGAAAACUCUAACAUUCAACGCCAAAUUAAUAAGGAUCAAGAUAAAUCUUUAUUUGCUCUU